AUGGACAAGCAAAAUACAACUGCGCUGAAUGAGUUCGUUCUGAUGGGGAUUACAGACCGCCCUGAGCUGCAGGCCCCUUUGUUUGGGCUGUUCCUCAUCAUCUAUUCAAUCUCAACAGUCGGCAACGUGGGCAUGGUCAUCCUCACCAAAGUGGACACUAAACUACAAACACCCAUGUACUUUUUCCUCAGACACUUAGCUCUCACUGAUCUUGGUUACUCAACAACCGUGGGACCCAAAAUGUUGGUAAAUUUUGUUGUGGCAAAAAACACCAUUUCUUAUUAUUCUUGUGCUAUCCAGCUAACAUUCUUUGUCAUGUUCAUCACUAGUGAGCUUUUUAUUCUGUCGGCUAUGUCCUAUGACCGCUAUGUGGCUAUCUGCAAUCCUUUACUCUACAUGGUUGUCAUGUCACAAAAGGUGUGUGGAGUGCUUGUGGUGAUCAACUAUCUUUACAGCACGUUUGUUUCUCUUCUGGUGGCCAUAAAUAUUUUUAACUUACCUUUCUGCGGCUACAUCAUUCGUCAUUUCUAUUGUGAUGGUCUCCCUUUGUUAUCUUUGCUGUGCUCAAAGACUCAUGAAAUUGAAUUGAUCAUUCUCAUCUUAGCAACGUUUGACUUGAUUUCAUCCCUCCUGCUAGUUCUUGUAUCUUACCUACUAAUUCUUGUAACCAUCCUCCGGAUGAAUUCAGCUGAGGGCAGGCGCAAGGCCUUCUCUACCUGUGCAUCCCACCUGAUGGUGGUUGUAGUAUUCUACGGGACUUUAAUAUUCAUGUAUGUGCAGCCCAAUUUCAGUCGUUCCUUUGACACUGACAAAAUGGCAUCUAUAUUUUACACCUUAGUUAUCCCCAUGCUGAACCCCUUGAUCUAUAGUCUGAGGAACAGAGAUGUAAAAUAUGCAUUGUAUAGGAUUUGGGGGAAAAUAUGUAACAAACAUUCUCAAAGUUCACUAUAUGAUUAA